CCUUCAGCAAAAAUUUUGCUCAACAAGCCCUAGCCGAUGCCGUCUCUAUCCCGGUAGAAUAAGGUGAAAACUCUGCUGCAAGUUCUGUCUCUACAGGCGGACUGCACUGACAGCCCGACCUUCCGUUAGUAUUUUGGCCAUAACACUCUCUAUAGAUGUUGGAUUAAGGUUUGAAAUCAUCUCAACAGCCUCAAGUUUUUGAAUUUCGUGCUUCUUGUAUACCUACCAGGCAAGGUAAGUAAAACUAUGGUAAAUGCCCUUGGAUUUUAAGGUAAAUGUGUUAAAAGCAUAAUUUUGAACUAUUUUUGAAGUCGUGGUGAGAGUAAACCCGUUUUACACAAAAACGAGCAUGAUUGGUUUAAAAUGAAAUUGUUAUCAUUUAUUGAUUUGAGCAUGCCUACUUGAAGUUUAUUGAAUUGUUCUGAUAACCUAAAAUUCGUUUGUAAAUUAUGGAUUUUCUUGCAACUCCUACAUGAUUUUGUCUCCAAUAUGGUCAUGAUUACUGAUGCCCGCUAGUGGGAGUUUGCAAAUGCUAGCACAUGUCGACAUGUAUGCUUGUAGAACCGGUUCAUCCUAUAAUCCUACCAGUGGGAUAAUACAUUGGUUACUACUGUGCCUGCCAGUGGGAGGUUUAUAAACGCUGGCCAUGACAUAUAGAGGAGACGCCUAUUUUGUUCCUGUACUUGUACCAUUUUUUUUCCUUGAUACUUGAUUACACUUGUUGGCAUGCUUUAUACAGUAAAUAAAGGCUACCCAUAUUUUACUUACUAAGUUGUCUCACUAGUUUUUCCUUGUUCAUCAUUUCAGGUAGUGAGGAUUGAAACGUGGGAAACCAAAGGGAGUGACGAGCUAAAAGGCUAGUUACUAGUAUUUUGGGCAUAGAGUUUUUUGAAAUAUAGAUCAUUCUUUUGUAAGACAGAUUUUACUUUGAGAUUUUAUGGUAUUAGAGUAGAUUUUGUGGUAUAAAUAAGUUCUGAGCCUUGUGCAUUUGUGGGAUCCUCUCGCAAGUGUAUUGUGUCUGUUUUACUUCUAGUUUUGGGGCAUGACAACCUUUAAAGCUAUCUAUGCAUAGUUGGCUAUCAUAACCAAACCUGACUAUUCUGCUCCAUUUGCACUUUCUAUUUUUCUAUUGAGCUAGUUGUAAAACAUAAAGUUGACUUGGGAAA